AACUCACAUCUGCGUUGGGCUGAUCCUUGUGCGUUCACACUGAAAAUAUCAACAACUGGAGCAUAGCUCACUUUCCCACUGAUGGGUUGAAAACUGAUGUCAUAUACAACCUACACAUCCUGAUCGGGCUUCGUUAACUGGACAUUUCACGCUCAAUUCUAAUUAUAAACUUGUUCUGUGGACAGCUGCCGUGUUUAAAGGUUCUGACAGUCCUCCCUGAUCGCCUUGUUCCGUUCUGCACAGGUGGCCGCGCCAGAUUGGGAUUGGCCCUGAUGAUCACAAGGACCCCUCUCCACUGCUUUUUAGCCAAUCCUGGAGGGGCUACAGAGCUGAUGUCUCAGAGGACGAGGGGGUAUGUCUGUUCUGGAGUCCUGAAGAGGCAAGCUACAUCACGAUAAAUGGAGGAGAAGGAGCGAUGUAGGAGCAGGUCUCCGGCUCGGAGGGCCAGUCGGGUUCAGCAGGUGGUGGGAACAAUAAUACGACGCACUCGAGAGUCGCUCAGCAGGGAGCGGCUGCUGGGCGAUGGGAGGUCGCAGCGCUCCAACAGUUUGUCCAAUCAGAACUUCCAGGCCAAGCUGACGCUGCAGAUCACCAGGGACCCGGUCCUGGACCGCAGCACUGGACAUGGCUUCGCCCUCACUAGAAACGCACCCCUGCUGGUCAGGGACGUCGCCCCAGGGAGUCCUGCAGACGGGAUACUGUACCCAGGGGAUCAGGUCCUGCAGAUUAACGAAGUGGUGCUGGAGGAUCUGAGUGCGGAGCAGGUGGAAAAUGUCUUAAGGGACUUGGAGGAUUGCAUCAAUGUGACCAUCCUGCGGCACAUGACAAAUCCCAAGUCGUCCAUUAUGUCAGCAGAGAAGAGAGCUCGACUGAGGAGUAAUCCAGUUAAAGUGCGCUUUGCAGAGGAGGUGGUGGUCAAUGGGCACACUCAGGGAAACUCUCUUCUCUUCUUGCCCAACGUCCUGAAGGUCUAUUUAGAGAACGGACAGACUAAGGCCUUCAAGUUUGACAAUACCACCACGGUCAAGGACAUUGUUCUGACGCUGAAGGAUAAACUGUCCAUCCGGGCCAUCGAGUACUUUGCCCUGGUGCUGGAGCAACAGUACAGCAUCACCAAACUCCUGCUGCUGCAUGAAGACGAGCUCAUACAGCGGGUGGUGCAGAAAAAAGACUCCCACGAUUAUAGGUGUUUGUUCAGGGUUUGCUUCAUCCCCAGAGAUCCUGUGGACAUGCUGCAGGACGACCCCUCUGCCUUUGAGUAUCUGUUUUUACAGAGUGUUGGAGAUGUGCUGCAGGAGCGUUUCGCUGUCGAGAUGAAGUGCAACACUGCGCUCCGCCUGGCUGCCUUGCACAUGCACGAGAGACUAGACAGUUGUGGACAAACGAGAGCCUCGGUCAAAAGCAUUACGAAAGAGUUCGGCUUGGACAGCUUCAUCUCUCCGACACUGCUGGGCAACAUGCGAGAGAAGGACCUAAGAAAAGCCAUCAGCUAUCACCUUAAAAAAAUCCAGUCCCUGUUAGAGCCACGCCAAAAGGUGAUAUCUGCGAGUCAGGCUCGGUUGGCCUACCUCACUCAGCUGGGAGAACUCAUUUCUUACGGGGGGCGGUCCUAUACAGCGACAAUGAUGCUUCAAGACAGAGAAGUGUUGGUCAGCUUACUGGUCGGAGCCAAGUAUGGGAUGAGCCAAGUCAUUAACCACAAGCUCAACGUGAUCUCAACGUUGGUUGAAUUCAGCAGCAUCAGCCGAGUGGAGUUGCUUACGGAGUCGGACAAAGUCAGCCUACUCCGCAUCUCACUGCACGAUAUGAAGCCAUUUGCCUUACUGAUGGACUCUCUGGCAGCCAAAGACUUAGGGUGUCUGCUGGGAGGCUACUGCAAACUCAUGGUGGAUCCCAGUGUUAAUGUCUUCCGUCUGGGGCGCCCAAAAGUGAGGGUGCACCGGAUACCUGCUGAAGAAGGUGUGUGUGGGAAGUUCGCCGUAAUAGAGGGCGUGUGCUAUGAAUCCCUAUCAAGUUAUGUGUCUCGCUGCUGCAGUGACUCAGAUGACUCAACAGAUGAGGAUGACCCAAUGGAUUCCCAGAGUUUCAAAUGCCCGGACCCAGCAAGUCAGGACUGGGAAGAAAGGAGGAGGGAGGAGGAGGAAAAAAGGAGAGAGGAAGAGAGGCAAGAGAGAGAGGAGCACAAAGGCAAACAGGAAGUGAAAAUAAUAGUGACAACAGAAGGUAAGGAAAAUGAGAGUGAAGAGGAAGGAGGUGCAACAGGAAGUGGACUGCAUAAAUUCAGUGUCGUGGAUGAAGAAAUGAACCGGGGGACCACCUGGUACCACACUGACCCACGGGUCACAAGUAGCUUUUCCAGCUUGUCCAGUGGUUCCCUGAGUGCUGCGCUGGAGGAGAGCAGCACUGCAGCCAAAGCCACAUCUCACCUAGAUGUUCUCCGUGGACUACGCACAGGCGAAGAUCUUCUGAGCCUGGACGUACACCAGCCCUACCUCCUGGAGCCAAAACGGCACCAAGGUCCCUUGCGACCCACCAACCUCAAUUACCGAGGCAAUGACAACUCAUGCCUUUGCUUUGCUGAUCUCUCUAAGUCUGAUUUCCUUCCGAGUCCACCGGGGGCUACGAGCGAUGACGAUGAUGAUGAUGAGGAGGAGGAUGAAGACCACGGAAUGAAACAGCUCAGGCGUAUCUCUAAAAUCCCUAGUUCCAGGGAUUUGAGAAUGAUUGACACCAUACCCUUUCAGAGAUCGCCAAUUAAGAAGAAGAAGAAGAUACCUCCCAAAGUCCCAGUAAGGACAAGUUCAAUUCCUGGAAGCAAAACAGGACAGUCAGAGCAACGCUUGUCGAAGGAUGAAGAGAGUCUAUAUCUGACACCGUCACCCAACCCCAAACCUGCUCUUUUGAUGAAAGACAAUAUCUCAGAGUCUGAGGAUGAAUUUUUUGAUGCACAGGAAAGAUUUACUCCACCAGUUCCUGAUCUAUCAGAUGCUGAGCUGGCAGACCGACGGAAUGCCAAUCGUUUGAGUGGGACCUGGAAUGGACUUCCAGCUGGACCAGGAAAAGAGCCGUCAUCACCUAAUGCCAAUAAAGCCAAAUCCUGCAAAAUGAAGAAGGAAGUGGAGACGCUUAAAGCCCCUCAAAAUCAGCUCGUCAGCAAACAAUCCAGUCCUCCAAAGCCAUCUCAGAAACCUGAAGUCAAAGUUAAACCGCCACUGGCACCUAAGCCCCAGCUGCCUCCAAAACCACAGAUCAUCCCGACCAAAUCGCCCCAGCAUGGAAGAUCGUAUGCUCAGUGCAAUGGUGACGCUUCUGGUCGUUUAUCUUCUGAACUCCUUGAAAUGGAGCCAGACACUAUGGAAUUCAAGUCUGUCACAUCAGGUGGAUUGCCUCUGUCGCCAGCCCUGAUUACAGCAGUGAGGUGUAGCAAACAGCCACCACCAGUCGCAACACCACAAGCAGAAGAAAAAACCAAAAGGCAAGAAAGCAGCCCAAAACGUAGUAAAGACUUGGUAUGUGAGAACGGUGGGCAUGUUAUUCCCAAAGACAAAUCAUACAUUCCUGAUGAAAAGGCAACAUCUAGAGUUGGAGGGAGAAACGACACUGAGCAGCCAGCAAAAAAGCCACUUAAUCUACCUUCUAUCACACGUUCUAAUUCAGGCACUAAGCUUGCUGCUCCUCCUCCAGUGCCUCCAAAACCCAAUUCUUCCAUCAAUCUUCACCCCUUAUCAAUACCUGCGAGCUCUCCUGUCUCCCCUACAGAUCCAAGCAAAGGGGUCUUCAAGGAUUCUGUCAGUCCACCAAAUGGAAUCCAUCCUUGGACCAGCCGUAAUGGCAGCAUCCAGUCAGGACCUAGAAGGGUCUCUCUGAGCCAUGAGAGCCUAUCACCCAAAAACACAGACGCACCGCUCACUCUUACCACUUCCCUCACCUCAACCAAUUCCAAAGGUGUUGGGGGUCUUGAAAGUAGAGAAUCCGAAAGAUCAGGUUCAGGAUCUGACCUGAGAACCAGCUCCUCCAGUUUGGGAGGCCGACUCCCAGCUUCUGCCCUGAGAGGCAAGAUCCAGGCUCUGCCUUGGUACAUGACACGCUCCCAAGAAAUUCUUGGAACUCUUGACUAUCCCUCCACCAGCUCCAUCAAUGGAGACACAUCUGGGUUUGGCUCUGGUCUGUCUGUUGCCAGUGGUUUGUCAGACCUAAACAAAACCCCUGUCAAGGAAAAGGAAACUAUCAUCUCAAAGUCAGGAAGUAAAGGGAACAUUUUAGAGGAUGGAGCUGAGGUUGUCAUAGCAACAAUUAAAGAGGCCCAGGAAGUGACCUCGAAUAUGAAAAAGGCCAAUGGGACUAAUGGCUCACACCCUAAUCUCAGUUUUAGAGAAAAUAGCAUCCACAGUGGGAGUGUUUCAUCGGAGCAGCCCCAGUCACGGCCUCAUUCGGCAGUCGGAUUGGGAGGUGUGACUAACAUGCAAAUUGGAGGUGACUCACCAACCUCCUCACUAGCAGAUGGUACUCCUCCACAACAACACCGUGAGGCUUGUGGUUGUCGCACUGUUUAUGCCAAUUGUUUCAGCGGAGAUACUGAAGAUGGUGUUAGCUUUGAUGAAGAGCUCACUGUUUAUGAGUUCUCCCGUCGAAUACGCCCCAAACCUGCCCGGCCAACUCCCGUUGUCCCUUCUCCAACGACGCCCUCUCCAAAACCCAAUAUCCUGUCACUGCUUCGGGACAAUCCUCGCCCCCUGUCUACUUUCUCCACCGCCUCCUCUGAGCUUAGUCCGCUAGUUUCACAACCAGCUUCACCCACAACUUCACUUGGGGGUAAUCUUCGUCCAUUUACUAACAAGAAUUACGGUGGGCUGAAAGGGGGCUUUGCUUCUCUGCGUCAAGAUAUCGACCAGCUUCUUCUGGUCUUGGAGAGAGGAGCCCAAGCAGAACAAGCAGAUCUAAAGCAGGAUAGCACAGGCAUAACCAAUGGGCCUGAUCUCAAUCACAAUGGAACUGCAGACAGUUGUACUCCAGCACAAAACCUAAUGUGUAUGGGGACUACCACCACCAUGACAGAGGCAGAAAGGAGUCUUCUCCAGGCAGAGGCGCGACGAUUGGCGUCUGGAUGUCAGCGGGCCACACGUGUCGGGUGGGCACCCGAUGAAGCCCUCUGUUCACUGUCUAACAGUUUCAGUGCCCUGGUUCAGCUGUCAGCAGCCUGCCUGCGAACAAACACCUGCGCUGGUUGCGAGGCUUGCCAUAAGCCAAGUCUGGUAAACAGAGAUGAGGACAAUGACAGUCAGGAGGCCAUGGACAAGAUAAAAGAGAUAGUGGGUCUUUACCGGGAGUUUGUUGGAGCAGUUGAGACAGCUGGAACUGGUGCUAGUGUCGGGGGUAAGAGUGUGAGCUUCACUGGGUCUGUACAGGGUCAAGGCGAAACUGAUGGGGUAAGGCUCCUGGCCAAACGCUGCACUGUGCUCAUAUCCUCUGUAUUCGCACUCACACAACUCUUCCGGACACGUACACUAGACCCCUCGGAUGCUCCUGGCCAAGUACCUCUCAACUUUUGACCUGUGAACUUUAAGCCACUGAUAAAGACACUGACUCUCAUGGUGAGACAAGGGGAAACAGCACAGAGCUAGCUGGUGUGUAACUCCUGUGUUCUUGUACAGUAAGUGCCAUGCACACCACAGCACACACACAAACAGACACACACAUUACAUUACAGUCAUUGACACGAAACACAUACAACGAAGUGAUGAAAGACUUUGGUUGCGCUGUUUCUCUUGGGACGCAUAUGGACUAUGCAUUUGUACAUAUGAAUUUUAUAAUUAUCUUAUAACUAUCUUAUUUUAUGAUACAAUAUGUGUAUGUAAGGAUGAAUUACUCAUGUACUGUAUGUAUUUAUGUAUUUAUUUUUACAAUAUUUGCACCAUGAUCUGUGAUGUGCAGGUCACUGGUGAAAAAAAAAAAAAAACAACCUAUGGAUGCCACUGGAAAUCCUAUUUACCCUUGUUGUUGAAACAGUAUUAUGUUAACUUUUGCUGCUUUUAAGAUUUCUCCACUUCACAAGGUGUAAUCUGUAAAUUGUCAUUUUUCAAGUUUAAUAUUAUGGUAUGUUUACUGAUAAAAUACAGAAAAUAUACUUUAGCACAUUUGGAAAAUACUUACCUGAUUUGUUUUCAAUGUGCAGGUUUUGCACCUUUUUAAUAAUUUACUUUUUCAACAUUACAGGUAAAUAUAAUGGGAUACAAAUCUGUACCAUUACACAGCAGGGAGAGCACUUUGACUGUUACAGAUUGCACCUUUUUAUGAGACACAUACCUUUUGUGUAAAGUGUUUUUCUACCCACGUCCAUGUUUAACCUGAUUUUGAGUGAAUGCUUCUUGGAAUACCAUUACCCACAUGUAUGCAGUAUUGUAACAUUAUUCUAGUUUUCAUCCAAAGGACACAACAUAUAUAUUUCCUGGGAAUGCGUGGAGGUGGCCCGGGCAGCAAAACAAGGGACCUGAUUAUUUAUGUAGUGAAAAAUGUUUUCAACUCGGCACAACGGUGACUGUUAUAAACUCUUUUCAGAUGUAGCAAAGAUCCAAAGUCUUAAAACACUGAGCCACAACUGCUCCCUGCUAUGGUUACCAUUUUAUUGACGCCAUACUGACUGAGGGAUGGAAUGACUGCUGUGCGCUGGGGUCGAGCUGUUGAUAUAAAUUGAUAUAUCUGUGUCCUACUCUGACCUUACCUUAGUUUAUGGCUAUGCAAACAUAAACUUCCCAACCCCCGUCCACACACACACUGUAUGUUUUUUGUGCUAACAUCAGAAACAACUAUAGCUGCAUUAUGUUUGAUUGAAUAUAAUGGAUGCUUUCUUUGUUUGGAAUGUUGGUUUUUUGUCUUGUUUCGAGAAAAAAAAAAGAAG